AGUAGCAUUCGCGCCUUCUACCAACGUCGACGAAAAUCCGCGCGCAUUUUCUCGAAAUAUAUCCGGAAAAGUUUUGAAACUACUCAAACCGAAACCAAAAUAUUUGAUAAAGACGUUGGAAUUUUGUUUUUAAUAACGUUUUUUUUUAUAAAAAGAUGGAGUAAAGGUCGAAUAUAUUCGGAAGGUAGAGAAUCAGAUAAGCUCUAUUGGAAUUUUUCGUGAAACGGAUGCUCUAAAAUUGAUUUUCAAAUGGGAUUAUGGCAACUAGAAACAACCAGACGACGUUAGAUAAUAUUGACUUCAAUAAUUACAGUGACAGUGAGACCUUUUACAAUUCAGAACUUUGGGCUCAACCGAACUUUAGAGAAAUAUCAGUGUAUUGUGCUUUAUUUGUCGUUGCUGCCGUAGGGAAUUUAACUGUGUUGAUAUCAUUAUUCCGCUCGAGGCAUCGGAAAUCAAGAAUAAGUUUAAUGAUCACUCAUCUCGCUAUAGCGUAUUUGAUUGUUACUUUUAUCAUGAUUCCUCUAGAGGUAGGAUGGAGGUUAACGGGGCGUUGGUUGGCUGGAAACGUGGCUUGCAAAGUAUUCCUCUUUCUGAGGGUAUUGGGGCCUUACCUGAGUAGCAAUAUCAUAGUUUGCGUUUCCUUGGAUCGGUAUUUCGCGGUUUUGUAUCCACUUCGGGUAAGCGAUGCAAGACGUCGAGGAAAAAUUAUGUUAACAGUUGCCUGGAGUGCAUCCUUCAUAUAUUGCAUACCGCAGAGCUUCGUAUUUAGUGUAAAGUCGCCCUCGAACGUCCCACAAUUUACUCAAUGUGUAUCAUUUGAUUUUUUCACUACACCAUCUCAAGAGAUAGCCUACAAUUUUUUGUGUGUUACUUUCAUGUACUUCAUACCUUUAUUUGUGAUAAUUGUAGCCUACACCGCCAUAAUGUGCGAGAUAUUCAGAAAUUCCAAAUCUAUACAAAGUGAGUCACAACCUUUAUCCGAUGGAAAGAUAAGACUCAGACGUUCAGCAGUGAAUAUAGAAAAAGCAAAAUGCAGAACUCUAAAAAUGACUAUAAUAAUAGUAGCUGUAUAUAUUUGGUGUUGCACUCCAUACGCAAUUAUUACUUUAUGGUAUAUGAUAGAUAGAGAAAGUGCAGAACGUUUACCGGAAUGGAUACAAGAAACGUUUUUUAUAAUGGUGGUCACAAAUAGUUGCGCAAAUCCCAUAAUUUACGGCAGUUAUAUAAUAACUUGCAAAAAAAAACGUAAAUACGUCACGUGUUUCGACAAAAAACAAAACUGCAUCAAUGAUGGAGAAAUGCCCAGUUCGAAUGGUAGCAGAAAUUUUGUAAGAAAGAAGCUAAAGUGCUUUCUCCGUUUGAGGAAAGGAGGUUCGGCGAUUACAAAAUCGACAGGUGUACGGACUCCAGGGACAAACUUCCGCUUUCGUAACGAUUCAAAUCGAAUGUAUAAAUUAGAAAAAUAUCCUGAGGAACAGAAUGAACGUAUACGUUCCGUUGAAUGUCCACCGUCUGCGGCGAGAGUGAGUUUCGCCCAGAGCAGCUCCAGCCGUAGUCAACCGAUGUCUUUCUACAGCGAACCCGUAACUAAUCCUCUGGGAUUCGUAUGCGAUGAAAUAAAAUUAUCUGAACCGGAUCUAUCAUUGAAAACGACGCUAGUCGUCAAUGUUCAUCAAGCCAAAGUGCAAUACCACCAUCACGGGUAUUCAAAUAACGUUCGAAAAAUGUGAAUAGGAAGAAAUGGAAAGCUCUUAAAACCGAGCUGGGUAGUGCCUUUAUCAAAAUUGAAAUUAUCGAAUAUAUUCACUUCAUCCCGUUAAACAACAUCGAAUUCAUUAUUCUUUUAUUGUACCAAGUCCAAGCUUAAAAAUGUAUGUCCUUUAUCAUUUGUUUAUUUUAUGUCUGAUUGUAUCCUGACAAUCAGUUCUUCUGUCUCUUUUUAUUAUAUAUUGACCCCGUUUGCCUUAGCAAUCCUUUCUUUUCUUCUCGUGUGUAUCAUCUUCUUCGAUGUAACUGAUUAUUUUCUUGUUGUCUAUUAUCCAUCUACAUACGACCUCUAUAAACUUGUUUAUAGUUUCUUUUUCUUUUCGUUUUACGUCUCUUAUAUUCAUCUCUCUUAAUUUCAUUAUUCAGUUAACUAUUUAUCUCCUCAAAGUGUCAACUGUCAACUUGUAUACCUAGGCACAUUCUUUUUCUUUAUUUCUUUUUAUUCUUUCAGUCAUUUUACAAUCCAUUAUUUCUUUAUUCUGUACUAGACGAUACUAAAAUAUACUUUAACAUGUAAUUCUCAAUAUUCUUUUGGUUCCACGAGCAUUUGAUUAUUUUCAGAAGCUUUUUUUUACAUUACUAUGAUUAAGUAUUGAAGUUUACUUGUAAUUUAAUUUUUGAUUCACACAAAUCAUUCACAAACGGCACACCCUGUAUGUUACGUUUCUAACAACCGCUCAUUAACUUGACAAUACUUGUAUUACAUGCGAACAAAUAUUGCAAAUCUCUAGAACUAACCGAAUUAUUAAUUAUAAAUUAAAAGUAUUGACAUAUCUGUGACAAGUUGUUCGAAAAAGUUUUUCAUUAUUUCUCUGAAAGAUGCUUGAACUGAAAGAAAAGUUCCUACCGUAUUUUCAUAAUUUGAAGUUGGUUAUAUCACCAAAUUGUGUGAAAAAUUACCAUUUUUUUUUACUAAAACUGCGGUUUGUAAGGUUAUAAGCUUUAAAUAGAAUGUCAGUCAGAAAUUUGUCAGUUAAUUAAUUUGAAAUACGAAAAAACACUAUUUUCGACAAUUGUUUUCAUUCAAUAACUCAUUUAUAGUAUAGAAUCGUUUCUCGUAUCGUUUUAUAUUACUUUCAGCACUCGAAAAACGUUAUUACUUUUGUUUGUUCAAACCAAUUUCGUUUACUACGAAUACGUUUACCAGAUUUUUCCGCCAAAGGAAAUAAAAAUUGCUUUGAUUACUUUAUAUGCCUUAUUUUUCGUUUAAACUGUUAAUUUAGUUUUUUUUAACAUAUAAACGAAAGUUAAAAGAGAAAACAUGAUUAUUUUUUUGGAAUUACUUAGAUGUAUAAAGGAUAUUCCGAGUUUAUGAAACAAAUUUAAAUGCUCUCAAUAUUUAUUUGUAAAACUUUUCGAAUACCCCUCAUACUAUUGCGUUGAUGUAAUCAACUUAUUAUUUCUACUACUUGUUAAUACUACCUAAACGAAAAAUGGACUUUUUCAGUACGAAUUUGUUAAAAAAAAUUAAUAAUAAUAAACAAAAUCAGUAUUACUACUAUAAAUUAUUUUUAAUCAUAUUUAAAUUUCUAUAUUGUUACAAUAAUUGUGAAAUUUCUGUGAUGUAUGUACAUUGUACAGAUUCUAUUAUGAAUAAAAAAUGUUUUCA